UCCUAAGAGACAGCUUUAUUUAUUUCUAGAAAAACAACACUGGAUCGGUCAUUGCAGCGUCUCCACAUUUGGACACUUCUCUUGGCUCUGUUGGGCAGCUUGGAACCCAGUGGUUGACAUAAUUGACCCUUUGGGGAGCUGGAAGAGAAGCAACCAGGGGCCGGAGGCAGGGGAAGGAGCCGUAGGGUCCCAGGAUGGCAUCCAACGGCACGACCUCUUCCUUUUGUCUGGACCCUGCUGCGUUGAAGAUCACCGUCAGCGUGGUCCUCACCCUCCUCAUCCUCAUCACCAUCGCCGGCAAUGUAGUCGUCUGCCUGGCGGUGGGCUUGAACCGCCGGCUCCGCAGUCUGACCAACUGCUUCAUCGUGUCCUUGGCCAUCACUGACCUGCUCCUCGGCCUCCUGGUGCUGCCCUUUUCGGCCUUCCACCAGCUGUCCUGCAGGUGGAACUUCGGCAAGGUCUUCUGCAAUAUCUAUACCAGCCUAGAUGUCAUGCUCUGCACGGCCUCCAUCCUCAACCUCUUCAUGAUCAGCCUCGACCGGUACUGCGCCGUCACAGAUCCCCUGCGCUACCCCAUGCUGGUCACCCCUGUCCGUGUCACCAUCUCCCUGGUCUUAAUUUGGGUCAUCUCCGUCACCCUAUCCUUCCUGUGUAUCCACCUGGGAUGGAACAGCAGGACUGAGACCAGCAGUGCCAAUCACACCAUCCCAAAGUGCAAAGUCCAGGUCAACUUGGUGUAUGGCCUGGUGGACGGGCUUGUCACCUUCUACCUGCCUCUGCUGGUCAUGUGCAUCACCUACUACCGCAUCUUCAAGAUCGCGUGGGACCAGGCCAAGAGGAUCCAUAACGUCGGCUCCCGGAGGACUGCCACCAUCAGGGAACACAAAGCCACAGUGACCCUGGCAGCCGUGAUGGGGGCCUUCAUCAUCUGCUGGUUCCCCUACUUCACCGUGUUUGUUUACCGUGGGCUAAAAGGGGAUAAUGCCAUCAACGAGACCUUCGAAGCCGUGGUUCUGUGGCUGGGCUAUGCCAACUCAGCCCUGAACCCCAUCCUGUACGCUGCACUGAAUAGAGACUUCCGCACGGCAUACCAGCAGCUCUUCUGCUGCAGCCCCACCAACCAUGACACCCAAAGAACUUCUCUGAAGUACAACAGCUCUCAGCUGAUGAGGAUUCCAAGCCAAGGACCCAGGUGGCAGGAAGAGAGGCCCCUGAGGCUCCAGGUGUGGAGUGGGACAGAGGUCACGGCCCCCCAGGGAGCCACAGACAGGAAGCCAGCGAUGUCCUGCACCCUGUGCUCCAGCAAUCUUCUGAGCUGCUGCAAGAGCCUGUGGGCACUUAGAUUCCUCCAGAGACACGUGGGAGGCCCCUUGGAGGAGCAGUCGGGAAAGCCACUGUCUGAGGAGCUGCUAAGGACACUGGCCCAGGAAUCGGUGAGGAUGCUGCCCUCCGAGGCUGUCUAGACCCAGCCCCAGGACGCUGAAGAUCCUGCUUCUGGUCACCAAAAUUUGACUCCUGGAGCCACUAAGGACCCAGCAGCCCACCCAAACCACCGAGGACACACCCUAGCCUGAGUCUGGGGACUCCCAGGGCACAUGGUGGGUGCUGGGGUCCUCUGGCCUCGGAUGGAGCAGACUGCUCUGCGCUCAGACUCCCCUGGGUCUGGGUCUGCUGAAUCCCAUGGGUUCAGAGCUCACGUUGGUGCUGGCCCUGAGUCACGGGCAGAGACGGUGGGACUUUCGGGGAUGCGCACACGGGCGCGUACACGGAGGUGUAUGUGCAGACACACGCCUGCCCUCUGAGCACGGCGGAGGGUUGUUGCCAUGAAGCGUUGGCCUCUCACUCCCUCGUGGGUUCUGCGGGAUGAAGGGAGGGAAGGGAAGGGAAAGGAAGGACGUUAGCCU